UUGCUUCUUAAACGGCCGAUUGACGCUCGUUUCUACGUUAUCUAAAUUAUACUGUGAUGACAAAAAUUAAAUCAACACAAAGAAUAGGCUGUGUGUGGAGUUUCCUAGUGAAGUUUAAGAUUUUGUGAAAAAUAAACAGCAGAGCUUCAUGAUGGUGCACUCAAUUGAUAUAACAAACAUCCCCAUCGGACUGGAAGGAGUUAUUCAUAUGGUGCCGGAUGCAAAUGGCGACCAGGACAACGAGAGGAAAGGGAAUGUCACAUACGGCAUCGACGACAUACCUCCCUGGUACCUGUGCAUCUUCAUGGCUUUACAGCAUUACUUGACAAUGAUCGGAGCCAUAGUGGCCAUCCCCUUCAUCCUGUGUCCAGCGCUGUGUAUGGCCGAGACAGAUCCUGAUCGCUCUAACAUCAUAUCUACCAUGAUAUUUGUUACUGGUCUAAUAACAUGGUUACAAGCAACCUUCGGCUGCCGUCUCCCCAUAGUCCAAGGCGGUACCAUCUCGUUCCUGGUGCCGACCCUGGCUAUCCUUAACCUGCCGAUGUGGCAGUGCCCAGCGCCGGCAGUCCUGGCUGCCAUGACGGAUGAAGAGCAGAAGCAAGUGUGGAUGAGUAGGAUGUGUGAGCUGUCUGGGGCUAUCGCUGUGUCUGCGCUGUUCCAGGUGUUUUUGGGUUACUUUGGCGUCAUCGGUUCUCUACUUCGUUUCGUGACUCCUCUAACGAUAGCCCCCACCGUGGCGCUGGUGGGGUUGACACUCUUCGAUCAUGCAGCUGAAGCAGCUUCGCAGCAAUGGGGCAUUGCUGCUGGAACAUUCACAUUGCUGACAAUAUUCUCGCAAUGCAUGACUAACGUCACCAUCCCCACUCUCACGUGGAAGAGGGAUAAAGGGUUUACCAUCAUAUGGUUCCCGCUGUUCAAAUUAUUCCCGGUGCUGUUAACCAUCGUAUUAAUGUGGGCGCUGUGUGCUAUACUGACGAUAACAAACGUGUUCCCCCCGGAGCAUCCCGCCAGAACUGAUGUCAAGCUCAACAUCAUUGAAGACGCGCCGUGGUUCAGGGUGCCUUAUCCUGGUCAGUGGGGCGCUCCCACAGUGAGCGUGGCGGGCGUGCUGGGCAUGCUAGCGGGCGUGCUGGCCUGCACCGUCGAGUCCAUCAGCUACUACCCCACCACCGCCAGGAUGUGCGCUGCACCACCGCCACCGCUGCACGCGAUUAACCGUGGACUGGGCACGGAGGGGCUGGGGACUGUGCUGGCGGGGCUGUGGGGCUCCGGGAACGGUACCAACACCUUCGGAGAGAACGUCGGAGCUAUUGGUGUUACUAAGGUAGGGUCACGUCGCGUGGUGCAGUGGGCGGCGGGGCUGAUGGUGCUGCAGGGCGUGGUGGGCAAGCUCGGAGCCGUCUUCAUCAUCAUCCCGCAGCCCAUAGUUGGAGGACUGUUCUGUGUCAUGUUCGGGAUGAUUUCUGCUUUCGGUCUAUCAGCCCUCCAAUACGUGAACCUGAACAGCUCCCGGAACCUGUACAUCAUCGGGUUCAGCAUCUUCUUCCCCUUAGUCCUCACUCGCUGGAUGUCAGCACAUAGUGGGGUCAUACAGACGGGAGCAGAGGCACUGGAUGCCGUGCUGCAGGUGCUGCUGAGCACGUCUAUACUGGUUGGCGGCAUUGUGGGGUGUUUGCUGGAUAACCUGAUACCAGGUACGGAUGAGGAGCGCGGUUUAGCCGCGUGGGCGAAGGAGAUGUCUCUGGACGCGGCGGGCGCGUCUGAACACGGAGACACGUACGACUUCCCCGUGGGCAUGCACCUUAUACGACGAUGGAAAUGGACGGAGUACCUGCCGUUUAUGCCGACAUACCAAGCCGGGAAGUUCACUGCGCUGUUCAGAAAGAAAGAGAACUGAUUAUAAAUAUUUAGUGCAAAUUAGUAUUAAUUAAAUCAAUUGUUAAGAUAUAAGUGUUAGUGAGACUUUCAUAAUGUAAAGCUAAUUUAAUUAUUCAUUAAUUAAUUUACUAAUAUAUUAUGGUAUACAAUUCCAUCCGAUGAGAUUUUAUAGUAUUUAGUAAAGUUUAUUUAAGGAGGAUAAGUAUUAAGUACUUAAUGUAUUUUAAUUGUAAAACUAUUCAUUAAUUGUAAAACCAAUGAACUUGCAAUUAUCAAUA